GCAAGGAUAGGCGGGCACACUGCACACCCAAUUGGAAUAAAGACAAUUUUUGUAAAUUUGCUGGAUUUACGAUGCAGAAAAAAUCCAGCAAUGCAGUGAAUCAAGGCUCUUGGAUAGCGCGCAGCUUGAGAAAGUGAUUGAUCAGUAGGUAUCGCCCCGGUAGAGCGACAAUCCCAACGAAAACAAACGCCCUCAGCAACAACAACACACACAUCGAAGCCACCAUCAACUUGCUGCAGUGAGAAAUGUUUGCCCAAAACCAAAAAACCAGCUUCCUGGAGCAAACGAAGGCGGCUCGAGAGGAGCGGGCACUGGAGAAGCGCCGCGAACUGGCGGCCAUCCUGCUGCAGUCCACGCUCAAAGGAUAUGCGGCGCGCAGGAAGUACCAGAAGCGGAUCAUUCUGGACUUCGAUGGAAUAUUCACCGAGAGUCAGGACGACAAGGAUGCGGAACUGGAGCUCACGGCCAUCAAUGUCUAUCCGGUGUUACGUCGCUACCUCACCCAAAUCAAACUGGACAAGAGCAAUGUUCGUUCGCGGGAGCGUCUGGAGCGCAUUUGUCGCUACAUCAUCAAGGCCAUGGAGGCGGAGAACACCAAGCUCUCCUACGCCGCCCUCUGCCUGUUCAAGGAACGCAGCCUGCCGUGGAUAGCGCACAUCAAGGUACUGCUCACCAACUGCCUGAUAUUGCUGCCGGAACUCAAGCCGGAGAACCACGCCGACAGCCUGUCCCUUGCCCUCUUCCUGCACACACUGGUGGUGUUCACGGCGCCCAAAUCCUGGGCGAUACUCAGGAACGUCCAGUUCGAGAAGCUGCAGCCGGCCAUGCAGAAGGUCUGCUGCAACAUCCAGGGGCAUUUGGUGCAGCACGACUUUUACAGAACAAUGCGGCUCGUUUUGCUGCGUGGCACUGUGCGCGAGGAAUUGUCCGUGAAGCCUGUUACCCUGGUGGCCAUUAUCACGCUCUGCCUGCGGCCUUUAAUCGAUGGCAACUUUAGCCGCAAUCUCCUAACCAAGUUUUUGUCGGAGAUACUCUCUGUGCCCGCUUUAAUCUACCAUCUGCACCAGAGUGUGCCGCAAUGCCUGGAGCAGUUCUCGUCUUUGGGGCUGCUACAAAAGGCUCUAAGUAUAUCGGGGGACCUGCAGUGGUUCGAGGAGUUCGGCGCUAGCAUGCCGGGCACCAAGUCCCUGGCGUUCCUGGGAAACAUAGUAAAUUUGUUCAACAUUGAUGGCCAAGGCGAGUCAAAGGAGUUGGCCUAUCCACUACUGACUGAAACUACCACAUCGCUGCUGGAGCUAAUACCCAACACGGUGACCACCAAGGGAGUGUUCACCCAGUGGCACGAGCUGCUGGGGUGGCACACUCCCGGCCCAGAGCCCGCCCAGAAUCAGAAUGUGGCCUUGAUCAAGAAGCAGUUUCACAUGCUGUGGGACCAUCGCUGUAUAAAGCUGUUGCUGGGCGAUCUGUUGAAGGAAAUCAAUGCUAACUACGAGCGCAUUGAGUUCCAGUCUCCCCAGCAGCCAUCCACGUCGAAUCUACUGCGUCGGGCCUUGGAGCGCAGCUCUACGAGAGGCGUUAACCUAAUGGGAGGAGUGACUAGCAAACCGUGCAAGCAGCAGUGGCGCAAGCUGGACAACGCGGAUGUGGUGCAGGUGUCCCGCAUCUGCGGCAUGUACUAUGCCGCCCUCAACACACUCUCCCAAAUGAAGCUGGACAUCUUGACUGGAAUCUGCUACAACGACAAUGUGCUGUACGAUAUUUGGCUGCUAAUUACUUCCCUGGGUCCCAAUUGCGGCAUGAAGGAGUAUCUGGAGCUGCUCAAGUCCGAGACUAGCCUGCAGAAGCCCCAAACUGCCAUGCUGAUGCUUUUCUGUGACUGCAUGACGCACUACGUCACGAUUCUGGAUGAAUACGAGAUGUAUACGGAACAAAAUCCUUUUAAGCUGAACGAUUAUGUGAUGCUGACCUACUUCCUUAACAAUAUUCUGUACAAAUUGAUUAACGAUAAUCUCUUGGCAGGUGCCAAGAACAUUGUCCAGAAUCCGGUUUUCCUCUCGCUGCACACGCUGAUGCUCUGUCUGUACCGCCGCGAUUGCCGCCGCCCGUUUACGCCACCCAACCAUUGGCUCAUACCGGAGGUGAAGCCCUCCACGUUCAUAAACGACCUGGAGAAGGCCAAGCGGAACGCGAUGCUGCUUUUGGCCAAGAUGCCACACAUUAUACCGCACGACGAUCGGGUCAAGCUGUUCCGGAAGUUUGUGCAGAACGAGAAGGCGGUGAUGGGUCUGACGGAGAGUGCCUGCGCCUCACCUCGUUCCGCCCUGAUAGUCAUCCAUCGCGAACGGAUUGUGGAGGACGGCUAUAGGCAACUGGCCGCCCAGCCCACUCAAGCGCUGAAAGGCGUUAUCCGGGUGCGGUUCAUCAACCAGCAGGGUCUGCACGAGGCGGGCAUUGACCAGGAUGGAGUGUUCAAGGAGUUCCUAGAGGAGACCAUCAAGAAGGUGUUCGAUCCGUCGCUGAAUCUCUUCAAGACCACCUCGGAUCAGCGGCUCUAUCCGUCGCCCAUCUCCUAUGUUCAGGACAAUCAUCUGCAGCUCUUCGAGUUCGUGGGCCGCAUGCUGGGCAAGGCGGUGUACGAGGGCAUCGUGGUGGACGUCCCGUUUGCCUCCUUCUUCCUCUCCCAGCUGCUCGGCCAGACACAGCAGGCUCUCUACUCCUGCAUGGACGAGCUGCCCUCGCUGGACAACGAGUUGUAUCGCAGUCUAACCUUCAUCAAACACUACAAGCAGGACGUGGCCGAUCUUAACCUUACCUUUUCCGUGGACCAGGAUGUGAUGGGCAAGAUUGUCACUCAUGAACUGCAUCCCGGCGGCAAGGCGCGUGUGGUCAAUGACCACAACAAGUUGGUCUACAUCCACUACAUGGCCUUUUUCCACAUGAACACCCAGAUCCGCGAGCAGACGAUAGCUUUCAAUCGUGGCUUCCGCAGCAUUGUCAAUCCGGAGUGGUUGUCUCUGUUCUCACCUCCCGAACUGCAGCGCCUCAUAUCCGGCGACACGGUGCCCUUGGAUUUGAAGGAUCUGCGGAAGCAUACGCAGUAUUAUGGUGGCUUUCACGACUCACAUCGUGUGGUGGGCUGGCUCUGGGACAUCCUGGCCAAGGACUUCACAGAAGAGGAGCGCAAGCUGUUUCUAAAGUUUGUUACCAGCUGCUCGAAGCCUCCGCUUUUGGGUUUCGCCCACCUGGAGCCGCCGUUCUCCAUUCGUUGUGUGGAGGUGGGUGAUGACGAGGACACGGGGGACACGAUUGGCAGUGUGAUCCGAGGUUUCUUUACCAUACGCAAAAAAGACCCACUCAACCGCCUGCCCACCUCGUCCACCUGCUUUAACCUUCUGAAGUUGCCCAACUACCAAAAGAAGUCCACGCUGCGGGACAAACUCCGCUACGCCGUGAGCAGCAACACCGGAUUCGAGCUGUCCUAAAGCAGCUUGGAAUGGUUUCCCCCACUAUUUCCUACUUUAUUCACAUUUUGUAUGUUAUUCCUUUUUAAGCAUCUUUUCGUAGGCAAUUCGGUGUAAAAGUGUUUUUUUUUAUGUUUUGUAAUCGCAUCACAAACGGAUUGGAAAACAUAUUUAAUGAAUCUUAAACACAAUUAUUAACAAAUAAAUAUAAACGUAUAGCUGUGAUAAAACUAUAAUAAACUAACGAAGAGUACACAACAAAUA